CACCCGCUUCCUCUCCGGGCCGGAAGCUCGGUCUCCCCGGCCCCGCGCCCCCCCCCGCGCCCCCGCUCGUGCGUCACCUCUGCCGACCCGGCGUGCGUGCGCUCACGGCCGCGGCGGCGGCGCCUCCCUCGGCUCCUCCUCGGGGCCGCGCUCGCUCGUCGGGCCCCGCAGCCCCCGGUGCGGACAGGCGGCGUCGGAAGGGGAGCGGCUGCGGCCACCGGCACCGCCACCACCGCCGCGAGCUCGGGCUGAGGAGCGGCUCGGCGCCCGGCGUCCCGGCCUCGGUCUCCGGUUAAAACGCUGAAAGAUCCUGAUUUUAGAAUCCACCAGCUCCUCAGAAGUUUGGCGAAAUAUGAGUUAUUAAAUCUUCGCUCAGACCAAGUUAGCAGCUAGACUGGUGUGACAACCUGUUUUUAAUCAGUGACUCAAAGCUGUGAUCCCCUGAUGUCAACGAAUGGCCACAGCUUGUAAAAGUGCCAGCAGGUUUGUUUUUUGUUUUGCAAGCCUGCUCUGCCUCCUUACAGUAUGACACCUGAUGCUGGAGGGCCGCACUUUCAGAAAUGAGUCAGUUUUUAGUCUUCUGUCUGAGAGAUACCAGUUUGGCAGCAAACUUGGGGUACUUGCCCACAAGGCUGUGGAGACCAGAUCGCCAGGAGAAGCGCAGUCUGACGACACUGAAGCCAGCCGAAUGAAGCGAGCAGCUGCAAAGCAUCUGAUAGAGCGCUACUACCACCAGCUGACGGAGGGCUGCGGGAGCGAGGCCUGCACGAACGCGUGCUGCGCUUCCUGCCCGUCCUUCCUGCGCAUGGACAACAAUGCGGCCGCCAUCAAGGCCCUCGAGCUCUACAAGGCCAACGCCAAGCUCUGCGACCCUCACCCCUCCAAGAAAGGGGCCGGCUCCGCCCGCCUGGACAGCUCAGAGGGGGCCGGCGCCUGCGCGGACGGGAAGGGGAGCAGGAAGGACGGGCCGGCGUCCAGGAGCGACUUCAAAGAUGUGGCUUUCCUGACCGAAGAAAUCGUCUACGAAAUCCUUGAGUUAUGUAGAGAGAGAGAGGAUUACUCCCCUCUGAUCCGUGUGAUUGGGCGAGUGUUCUCCAGCGCGGAGGCCCUGGUGCAGAGCUUCCGGAAGGUCAAGCAGCACACCAAGGAGGAGCUCAAGUCUCUGCAAGCCAAGGACGAAGACAAAGAUGAAGACGAGAAGGAGAAGGCCACGGGCUCGGCCGCCACCACCGUAGCCGCCACCACCACCGUAGCCGCGAUGGAGGAGGACUCCGGAGCCGCCGCCUCCAGAACGGGCGACGGCGCCCCCAAGCCGGGCCCCGAGGAUGUGUCCGUGGACAUCGAGGCCAUCCGGAGGGUCUACGGCAGGCUGCUCUCCAACGAGAAGGUGGAGACCGCCUUCCUCAACGCGCUGGUGUACCUGUCGCCCAACGUGGAGUGCGACCUGACGUACCACAACGUGUACUCCCGGGACGCCAACUACCUGAACCUGUUCGUCAUCGUCAUGGAGAACAGGAACCUGCACAGCCCCGAGUACCUGGAGAUGGCCCUGCCACUCUUCUGCAAGGCCAUGAGCAAGCUGCCCCUGGCGGCCCAGGCCAAGCUGGUCAGACUGUGGUCCAGGUACAGCGCCGACCAGAUCCGGAGGAUGAUGGAGACCUUCCAGCAGCUCAUCACCUACAAGGUCAUCAGCAACGAGUUCAACAACCGCAACCUGGGCAGCGACCGGAACCUCGUCAACGACGACGACGCCAUCGUGGCCGCCUCCAAGUGCCUCAAGAUGGUGUACUACGCCAACGUGGUGGGCGGGGACGUGGACACCGGCCACAACGAGGACGAGGACGACGAGCCGCUGCCCGAGUCGAGCGAGCUGACGCUGCAGGAGCUGCUGGGCGAGGAGCGGCGCAACAAGAAGGGCCCCCGCGUGGACCCGCUGGAGACCGAGCUCGGCGUGAAGACGCUGGACUGCCGCAGGCCGCUCGUGCCCUUCGAGGACUUCGUCAACGAGCCGCUCAACGACGCGCUGGAGAUGGACAAGGACUACACCUUCUUCAAGGUGGAGACGGAGAGCAAGUUCUCCUUCAUGACCUGCCCCUUCAUCCUCAACGCCGUCACCAAGAGCCUGGGCCUGUACUACGACAACCGGAUCCGCAUGUACAGCGAGCGCCGCAUCACCGUGCUCUACAGCCUGGUGCAGGGCCAGCAGCUGAACCCCUACCUGCGGCUCAAGGUGCGGCGCGACCACAUCAUCGACGACGCGCUGGUCCGGCUAGAGAUGAUCGCCAUGGAGAACCCCGCGGACCUGAAGAAGCAGCUGUACGUGGAGUUCGAAGGAGAGCAAGGCGUCGACGAGGGAGGGGUCUCCAAAGAGUUCUUCCAGCUGGUUGUGGAGGAGAUCUUCAACCCCGACAUCGGCAUGUUCACCUACGACGAGAACACGAAGCUGUUCUGGUUCAACCCGUCGUCCUUGGAGACGGAGGGCCAGUUCACCCUUAUCGGCAUCGUGCUGGGCCUGGCCAUCUACAACAACUGCAUCCUGGACGUGCACUUCCCCAUGGUGGCCUACCGGAAGCUCCUGGGCAAGCAGGGCACCUUCCGGGACCUGGGCGACUCGCACCCGGUGCUGUUCCAGAGCCUGAAGGACCUGCUGGCGUACGAGGGCAGCGUGGAGGACGACAUGAUGAUCACCUUCCAGAUCUCGCAGACGGACCUGUUCGGGAACCCCAUGAUGUACGACCUGAAGGAGAAUGGGGACAAGAUCCCCGUCACCAACGAGAACCGGAAGGAAUUUGUCAAUCUCUAUUCUGACUACAUUCUCAAUAAGUCAGUAGAGAAACAGUUCAAGGCUUUUCGAAGAGGUUUCCACAUGGUGACCAAUGAGUCCCCCCUGAAGUACUUGUUCCGCCCGGAGGAGAUCGAGCUGCUCAUAUGCGGGAGCCGGAACCUAGAUUUCCAGGCGCUGGAAGAAACCACAGAAUAUGACGGUGGCUAUUCCAGGGACUCGUCUCUGAUUAGGGAAUUCUGGGACAUCGUGCACACAUUCACCGAGGAGCAGAAGCGGCUCUUCCUGCAGUUCACCACGGGCACAGACCGGGCGCCGGUGGGCGGCCUUGGCAAGCUGAAGAUGAUCAUCGCCAAGAACGGCCCCGACACAGAACGGUUACCCACCUCGCACACCUGCUUCAACGUCCUGUUACUUCCGGAAUAUUCCAGCAAAGAGAAGCUGAAAGAGCGGCUGCUGAAGGCCAUCACGUACGCCAAAGGCUUCGGCAUGCUGUAGCCGGCGGGCAGCCAGUGAGUCCCGCGGGGCGCGGUGUGGUGCCGGCGGCUGUCAGAUAGCGGUGAGCGUAGUCCCCUGCCCGCUCCUCCCUCCGCCCGAGGGGGACAGCAGGUGUCGGCUCCUUCUGUGAACAAAUCCUUUCCUAUUUUUCUGCGUGAAAGUGUUCCUACCCUUUCACUGUAUGUACAGAGAGGUUUUUCUGAAUAUUUAUUUUAAUGGUUGUUAAAUCACUUUCGCUUGUGUUUAUUACUGCUUGAGGUUGAGCCGUUUGAGUGUUGAGAAAACAUGUACCACCCAACGGCUCCCCCGGGGCGCGCCGCCCGCAGACCACGCCACCUUCCAGUAAGUACGCGCUCUCCUGCGUCCCACAUCCACCUCCAAUCAGGAACUGCAUUUUUUUUUUUAACAAUUUGCUUUUGAAACUUGAAGUCUUGAAAACAGUGUGACGCAUUCGCUGCUGUUCUAGUCCCCAAAGAGCUUUCUGUGCAAAACCUUGAAAUCAAUAAAGAUGGAGGGAGACCUCGGAA